AACCCAGCCCCGGCCAAACUGCAACCAAAGAAUAGCCAGGUGUUGUGGCGGGCGCCUGUAGUCCCAGCUACUCGGGAGGCUGAGGCAAGAGAAUCGCUUAAGCCCGGGAGUUGGAGGUUGCUGUGAGCUGUGUGAGGCCACAGCACUCUACCGAGGGCCAUAAAGUGAGACUCUGUCUCUACAAAAAAAAAAAAAAAAAAAAUUAGUAAGGAUACCAGAGUUUAAUCCUUGCACUCUGGGAGGCUGAGGCGGGUGGAUUGCUUGAGCUCAGGAGUUUGAGAUCAGCUUGAGCAAGAGUGAGAUCUCAUCUCUACUAAAAAUAGAAAAACUAAUCAGGCAUUGUGGCAGGUGCCUGUAGACCCAGCUAUUUGGGAGACUGAGGCAGGAGUUUGAGGUUGUGAGCUAGGCUGAGGCCAUGGCUCUCUAGCCUGGGCAACAGAGUAAGAAUCUGUCUCAAAAAAAAAAAAAAAAAGAAAGACUAGCAAGACCUCCAUAAUGAACUCUGAUUGGGCCACUACACCACAGCCUGGGCAACAGAGACCCUGUCUCCUAAAAAUAAAAAGUUUUUAACCAAGGCAGCAUAACUUGAGGGAGAACCCAGGGUCUCUGCCCAUCUUUGCUUCUCUUUCUCAAUUCUCCACAUCAAGCCUGCGUCUGAUCCAGCCACUUAUGUCCAUGGGAACUGGAAGACCGAAUUUAGUUAGGGGCUUCCCCCCAUCCGGUCUUUCAUUACUUUCCAGAGCCUGGAGAUCUGGCCUGGAACUCAGCAGAUGGGGGGUUAAGACUGAUGCCCUGUCCUAUCUCCUCCCCUCUCCAUGCCUCACUUCAAAGUCUCCAUAAAGCUCAAGUCACUGCUUCUCUGACCCCAUAGUGGCAACUCCAUCAUCAGCUCUUAGCUGGUCCAAAACAGCAGAUGCUGAGCCUUGGCCCAGCUGCUCAACCUUCUAGCCAUCUGGUAGGGCUGCCUCCUAGGACUGGGAGGAAAGAAGAGGAGCCUUAGCUAUUAACAUUUGUGCCCAGGAUUAUGUCUGCUAACAAAGGCUGGGGGGAGACACCUGAGGGUGAGGACAGUGUGUCUGAAAAAUUCCUAAGGAAGACGCGGGAAUCUCCACUGGUGCCUAUAGGUUUAGGAGGCUGCUUGGUGGUAGCAGCAUACAGGAUCUACCGGCUAAAAGCCCGCGGUUCCACCAAGAUGUCCAUACAUCUGAUUCACACCCGCGUGGCAGCGCAGGCCUGUGCUGUGGGCGCAAUCAUGCUAGGUGCUGUGUACACAAUGUACAAAGAUUAUGUCAAGAGGACAGCACAGGAUGCUGGAGAGAAGUAGGUCUUCUAUAGGAUCUGGGGCAGUCAGAUCCCCUUAAAUCAGACCCUGGAAUGCUCCUAAUAAAGUAGUUUUUAGGAAAA